CAAUUCUCUUCUCUAUCUUCAUCUGCAGAACAUCUCAUCUGAUCCCAAUUGAUGUGCCUGGAGUGAUUCAGAUUUCGUUUAUUUGAAUCUCUGAUAAUUGAGAUUGAAAAAACGAAAUCUUUUGCCUGAUUAGGCUGAAUCACUCCUCGCGAUUUCUCUCACUAAAGAAAAUCUUGAUGGGUUUUGACAAGGAAGCGAGUUCCUCCUCGCACGUGCUUCAAAUCCCUCCAAAUCAUCAUCCCAGAGAGGACAGCCCACUUAUUUCCAAAUCCAACAAUCAUCUCUCUUCCCAAUCCAAGACAUUCGCCAACGUUUUCAUUGCCAUAGUCGGCGCCGGCGUUCUCGGCCUUCCCUACACUUUCCGGCGAACUGGAUGGGUCAUGGGUCUCAUCAUGCUCUUCGUCGUCUCCUAUCUCACCUACCACUGCAUGAUGCUUUUGGUUUACACCCGUCGAAAGCUCGAAUCCCUAAAAGGCCGCCCCAAAAUCGCAUCCUUUGGCGAUUUGGGAUUCGUAGUAUGCGGCCCCGUCGGACGAGCGGCGGUUGACAUCAUGAUCGUCCUUUCCCAGGCCGGAUUCUGUAUCAGCUACCUAAUUUUCAUCGCCACCACGUUGGUCAAUAUCUUUAAUUACUCCCCAGAAAGUUUAAACCCUACUACACCAAUGUUUAUAGGGAUUCCGAUCAAAACCCUUUACAUCUGGGCUUGUUUUCCAUUUCAAUUAGGUCUGAAUUCAAUCCCAACCCUAACCCACUUAGCUCCUCUAAGCAUCUUUGCCGAUGUAGUCGAUCUCGGUGCCAUCGGUACCGUGAUGGUUGAAGACGUUAUCACGUUCUUGAACCGAAGACCCGAAUUACAUAUGUUUGGAGGUUUCUCGGUCUUCUUUUACGGGCUUGGGGUGGCAGUUUACGCUUUUGAAGGUGUGGGCAUGGUCCUUCCGAUAGAAUCGGAGACGAGAGACAAACAUAAGUUUGGGAGAAUUCUAGGGUUAUCGAUGGCAUUCAUUUCUACGAUAUAUGGAGCGUUUGGAGCGUUGGGUUACUUUGCAUUUGGAGAUGAGACGAAAGAUAUAAUCACGACUAAUUUGGGACGAGGUUGGAUUAGCUCGGUGGUGCAAAUAGGGUUGUGCGUGAAUCUGUUCUUCACGUUUCCUUUGAUGAUGAAUCCGGUUUAUGAGGUGGUGGAGAGGAGAUUCUUUGAAGCAAGGUACUGCAUGUGGGGGAGAUGGAUUGUGGUUUUGGGAGUGAGUUUGGUGGCGCUUUUGGUGCCUAAUUUUGCUGAUUUUUUGUCUUUGGUUGGGAGUAGUGUUUGUAUUGUGUUGGGUUUUGUUUUGCCUGCUUUGUUUCAUUUGAUUGUUUAUAAGGAAGAGAUGAGUGUUAGAGGAUUGGUUUUGGAUGGAGCUAUUGUGCUGAUCGGGGUUGUGUUGGGUGUUUCUGGAACAUGGUCUUCAUUGGUGGAGAUUUUUGGUACCAAAGCUUGAAUAUUUUGUAUAGGUUUUGCUUCUUUUUUGUACUAGAAUUUGAAGACACAAGGAAACUCUACUCAUUGCAUAAUGUAUAUCUAUGGUAGUUUACA